GUUGUACUCCGUUUAUUAUGUCAACCAGGCUUUUAUUUCUCUCUCCUCUAUAACCUCUGCAUCUUCUCCAUUUCCUGCAUCUCAAUUCUAACGCGAUUUAAACCACAACCAUCGAGACAAAUCCAAGAACGUGCAUGUAUGUAGGGCACAUAAUACACGCAAUAGGUGAAAACGACAAGCUUUAAAGGUCGACGCUUGGAGAUUUGUUGUUGAGUAUAUUGGUUAGGCGGUGUUCUCAUUUCUGUAUUGAAGAUCUAAUCAUUAGUCUUACCAUUCUCGCGAAGAACAGGUACAAAGUGGUUUCACAUUCCUUACAGUUUUAAUUUAAUUUUUAGCUUAUUUAAUAAAUAAAUGUUUAUUGUUCUGUAGUGUGUUUCAGAAUUUCUCAUCAUUUUUAUCGGACUAUGAUUGUUGGUUGUAUCAUAUUUUGCUAAACUCUGAUCUUCCCUUUGAUGAAAAUCCUCACUUUUAGAUAUAUCAGGAACUAAUACGCUUUUGAAUAAAGAGUCAAUCUUCAAGACUCAUCUUCAGUUCUACUUUAUAUUAAUUAAAUAUUGUGAGUUUCGAGUAGGGGAACAAUAAUACAUCAAACUCUGCCGUUAUAGUUAAUUUAUACGUAAUAUUUAAGUUUAUGACUUCUAUUUACUAAUUGUUCUUAUUAUGUAGUAGACAUAUAAACAUCUAACUAUACCUUCAGACCAUCUCUAUCUACCCAGAAUAGAAUUUAGAGUAUGACGACUCCUUCAGAGAAAAGAUUAAAAUUAAAUGAAUAUAAAAGAAAAUGGUAUGCCGAUUUGCCCGAGGAAAGAAAAAUGGAAAUCAGACAAAGACGACGAGAAGCUUACCAUAACAAGAAAUAUUUGAAAAAACAAAUUACUAUAAAUGAUGUGAACAUAAAUGAUGGUCAAAUAAUCGGUGUUAAAAGAAGCGUCUGCAAUAUAGGUCAAUCUAAAACAUUAAAACGUGAAGAAAUAGUUGACAUUGAAAAAACAAAAGGGAAGACCCAGGUGACAUGUUUCAGCAUCUUUGAGACAGGUUAGUUUAAUUAAUAUAAUCCCUUUAUCUUAUAUAAUUUCAAAGAGAAGAAAAUUUAAAAUUCUAUAUUUCGCAGGUUCAACUUCAAACACCUCUCCACAUGAAACCACUAAUAUACCUGACCAAAACAAAAGGAAAAAAACCUGCAAAGGCAUAAAAAAUUCUAAGAGAAAAAAGGCGAUACAUACAAAGAUGAAUAUUCCAUUCCAACUGAGGCAUAUGUUAUGCCUCCACCAAAACAAUGUAAUCAUUGUGGUGCAAGGAAAUUCCAUCGUGAACCAAAAGGGUUUUGUUGUUCUGAUGGUAAGAUUGCAUUUGCUACGAAUGACCCUCCAUAUGAACUCUUUAAAUUGUAUACAUAAAAAACGAGUGAAUCAAUGUUGUUUUUGAAAUAUAUUCGCACCUUCAACAACUCAUUUGCUUUUACGUCGUUUGGUGUUCGAUAUGAUAAAGAUUUAUGCAAAAGAAAUAAGGGCAUUUAUACUUUUAAAGUUUAGGGCCAAGUUUAUCACUAUAUAAACGAACUAUUUCCAGGAGAUGAAAAUCCUAAAUAUUUACAACUUUAUUUUUAUGAUCCUGAACAUGAAGUCAAGAAUCGAAUAAACAACUCAAAACACUUAACCCCAGAAAUAACAAGCUUGCUUAUAGAAAUCUUGAAAGUAAAUCCUUAUGGAAAUUUUUUCAGAAGACUACAAAAUGUUCUAGAUUUAGAAAAUCACCAAAUUAUUAUAAAAACUCAUGAUGAUUUAGAUCAACGUGUUUAUAAUCUACCCACAACAUCGCAAGUGGCUGGAAUAUGGAUCGAAAGUAAUGAACCAGGAGAGGAAAGAGAGAGAAAUAUUGUUGUUUACAGUCAUGCAGGCCAUAGUUGUAAGGUCCAAUAUUAUUAUGGUUGCUAUGACCCUUUACAAUAUCCAUUACUAUUUCCUUACGGAGAAAUGGGAUGGCGACAAGGAAUUAGAAAGAUUGAAAAAGAUAAAAUGCAAACAGAAUCCAACGUCGAUGAUUCUAUUAGUAUAGACCAAUAUACCACACCAUCAGAAUUUCUGCAAAAAUAAGAGACAUGUAUGUCACUUUAAACAAUACACGUCUUUCUUUCUUUCUAUAUAUAUAUCCUUGUUCUUCCUUAUAAUUAAUUCUUAACUAUUAAUUAAACAUUUCAGUAUCCAAGAAAGGACGUGGAAAACGAAAUAUGGUGUCUUGUAGAGAGUAUUAUUGUUAUAAACUACAAAUAAGAAACCAUUUAAUAUCUAUUUUGCUGCAUGCUGGGCGUCUACUCCAACAAUAUGUUGUUGACAUGUAUAUUAAACUUGAAUCAUCAAGAUUAGAUUUUUUCCGAAAUAACCAGAAUGAAAUCCGAGCUGAAAUUUAUCAAGGAAUUGUUGACAGUGUUGCAAUGGGAGAAAACAAAGCAUCUAACAUAGGGAAACGAAUAGUUUUACCUUCGACCUUCAUUGGAGGUCCAAGGGACAUGAGAAAACGUUACAUAGAUUCGAUGACUUUAUUCCAACGAUUUGGGAAACCAGAUAUAUUCCUAACAAUGACAUGCAAUCCAAAUUGGCAAGAAAUCAAACAAGAACUACGUUUUAAUGAUGAAGUACAAAAUAAACCAGACUUGGUUGCACGCAUUUUUAAAGCAAAAUUAGAAAAACUGAAGCAAUUGUUGUUUGAAAAACAAUUUUUUGGCCCCAUAGCAGGCUAUACAUAUGUAAUUGAAUUCCAAAAAAGAGGUCUUCCACAUGCUCAUUGUCUUAUUAUUAAAACAAGGCCACAAAAUGACUUCUGCUGAAUUUUAUGACAAAUUUGUUUGUCCCGAACUUCCUGAUCAAAAUGAAAAUCCCCACUUAUACACUGCCGUAGUGAAGCACAUGAUACAUGGCCCUUGUGGGAAAUUGAAUCCAACUAAUGCUUGUAUGAAUAAAGAUGGAAAGUGCAAAAACAAUUACCCAAAAUCCUUUUGCUUUGCUACUGUACAUGGUAAAAAACCAUAUCCAGUAUAUAGAAGAAGAGAUAAUGGAAAACAAGUUAAAGUAAGAGGUCAAAUCUUAGAUAAUAGGUGGGUUGUACCAUAUAAUCCAUAUUUGCUUGCAAAGUUUGAUUGCCACAUUAAUGUUGAAAUUUGUUCAACCGUUGAGGCAGUUAAGUAUUUAUACAAGUACAUAUACAAAGGCCAUGAUCGUGUCGCUUUUCAUGUAUAUUCUAAUGAAACUAAAAAUGAAAUAGACGAAAUCGAGCAAUAUCAAUCUGGUAGAUGGGUUUCCCCCCCGGAAGCAAUGUGGAGAAUAUAUAAAUUCGCUUUGCAUGAAAUAUAUCCAUCCGUACAAAGUUUACAAUUGCACUUGGAAGGAAAACAACUUGUGACAUUUCGAAAUACUGACAAUUUAAACGUAAUAGUAGAAAAUGAUUCAUCCAAAGAAACGAUGUUGACUCAAUAUUUUUACAUGAACAAAAUGAAAAAAAAUCCUAAAAACUUACUUUACAAACAAUUUCCGAAAGAGUUUGUUUGGAACUCACAAUCCAAAACUUGGAACAAAAGAGGUACAAAAAAGACUAAAAAGGUUAUUGGUCGCGUAGUUACUGCCAACCCCAUUGAAGGAGAAAGAUAUUAUCUACGUAUACUACUAAACCAUAUUGGAACAUCUACAUCCUUUGAUGAUCUCAAGACUUUGAAUAAUAAAAAAGCUAAUACAUUUCACGAGGCAGCAUUAAUGCAUGGCUUGCUCCAUUCAGAUAAUAGCUUAGAUCUUUGUUUACAAGAAGCCACAAUGUAUAGAAUGCCUUGUAGUCUAAGGAGACUAUUUUAACCUAUACUUGUUCAUUGCAGUCCAAAGAAUCCAAAAGAGCUAUGGGAAAAGUAUAUAUAAAAACGCCAUGAGCGAAGAUUAUGAACAUACAAAAGCUUUCACAAAACAUCAAAUAAGGCACAAAGUGCUCCAAAAUAUAAGUUAUACUACCUCCGUUCCUAAAUGAUCUUUACGGUUACUAUUUGCACGGUAAUUAAGGAAUUUUGGUGAACAUGUGAUGGUGGAGUAACAAAUGAAAAAUGAGUGGCUAUAAAUUGUCCAACAAUGUGAGUGGGUGAAAACUAAUAUUAAAGUAUUGUGAGUGGGUAAGUUAUGGUGGGCCAAAUAAGAGUAAAAAUGGAAUAAAGUAGGAGUGUAAAGAACUUUCAGGAACGGACUAAAACGGAAAGCGUAAAGAACUUUUAGGAACGGAGGUAGUAUAUUAGAGUCUAUGGUUAACGAAUUAUCAGACUAUAAAUUUGUAGAUCAUGAUAUCAACAUUUGUAACGAAGAAGAAACGUGCAAUGAAAAAGAGGAUGAACUACAUAUAUACCAGAAGAAGAAGAUCUCUUAACGAUAACAAAACUUAAAAAAGAACAAAAACAAGCGUUUGAUAUCAUAACAAAACAUAUAUUUUUAAACAUACCUGGUGCUUUUUUCAUAGAUGGGCCCGGUGGAACUGGGAAAACAUAUUUGUACGUAGCAAUUCUUGCUGCUGUGAGAUCAAGAGGUUUAAUAGCACUGCCUACCGCAACUUCUGGGGUGGCGGCGUCUAAUCUUCCGUUUGCUAGAACACCACACUCUAGAUUUAAAACACCUAUCAAUAUAGAUGAAAACAGUUCUUGCAACAUAAGCAAACAAAAAGGACUUGGAAAAUUAUUACGUGCUGCAAAAGUCAUCAUAUGGGAUGAGGCUACAAUGGCAACAAAAAAACAAUAGAAACUCUAGAUCAAGUAUUACAAUACAUAAAUGAUUCCACUCAUCCUUUUGGAGGGAAAGUUGUAAUAUUUAGUGGCGACUUCCAUCAAGUACUUCCUGUAAUCCCUAAAGCAUCAAAAGAAGAACUAAUAGAAGCAAGCAUAGUCAGAUCUAAAGUAUGGCACACUCUACAAAAAAUAAGCCUAACAGAAAAUAUGAGAGCUAUAUUAGACCCCUAUUUCAGUGAGUAUUUAUUAAAGUUUGGUAACGGUGAAGAAAAACCUGUGUAUGAUGAUAUGAUCAAACUUCCUUCUUCUAUGGUUGUGCCCUUCGAAGAUGAAACAACCUCUUUAAAUCAAUUGAUCGAACAUGUAUUUCCAAAUUUAGAAAAUCUUGCCUUUACUCCCGAGCUAUUAAUAAAUCGAGCUAUACUAACCCCGAAAAAUAACGAAGUUGACCACAUAAAUGAUUUGCUCAUUAAUAGAUUCCAAGGAGAGUCAUUUACAUAUCAUAGUUUUGAUGAUCGAAACAAUAGAUUCAAAUGAACAAGGAAAUCAUGAAGAUUUUUUAAAUAGUUUAACACCGAAUGGACUUCCCCCUCACAUACUAACCUUGAAACAAAACUGCCCAAUCAUGCUGCUAAGAAAUAUCGACCCUUCAGAUGGCUUAUGUAACGGUACACGAUUGAUUUGUCGCCAAUUCUCGAAAAAUGAAAUUGAUGCUGAAAUAGCAAUUGGACCUCAACGUGGGAAAAGAUUUUUUCUCCCAGAAUUCCUCUAAAACCCAGUGAAAAUGACAAAUAUUCUAUUCCUUUUACAAGAAGACAAUUCCCUAUUAGGUUAUGCUUUGCAAUGACUAUAAAUAAGGCACAAGGACAAACAAUAGAUUAUGCUGGUAUUUAUCUUCCCCAACCAGUUUUUUCGCAUGGACAAUUAUAUGUCGCACUAUCACGGGUCAAAACCUCCGAGAACAUCAAAGUUCUUGCUAUUCCAAAUGAAGACAACUCUAACAAUGGCUGCACAAGAAAUAUGGUAUACAAAGAAAUAUUAACGCUUGCAAAAACUACUUAGUUUGAUAUUGCAUAUAUCUGAAUUGCUCCGCUUAAUAUAUAAUUU